CUUUGUUUACGUGUCUUGCAUCUUAACUCGUUAGAGGAUCGCUAUUUUAGCAUUAUUUCAAAAAUUAAGUAAUAUUCCUCUAGUUGUGAGAUAAAUAUACGUUGUAGAUGACGGGUAAAAUGCAGCAUUUACGGUACCGGUUUAAACGAUAAUAUCUCUAUUGAAAGCCGUGGAUAUCGUUAAUAUUGGAAUGAAUAUUCGUCUCUUGUUUUAAAUCGAAUACGAAGAGUAAUAUUAUGGUCUUAACGUGAUCGUUUUCAAGGUAAAUAUUUACAUUCAAACGUUGACAUAUCUACAUACUCCAUAUAAUAUAUAUAUAAUUAAUAUUCUACUGAAACUUUAGGGGAAUAAAUCUUUUAUUGGCAAGCGCUUGUAAUUCGCCUUGUCCACUUGUCUAGAUCAUGCUAUAAAAUAAACUCAGACAUUUAGAUUUCUUUAUAAUCACUAUUCAAUCAUGGAAAUUAAGAAACUGCAAUUUUGUUCGGUAAUUUAGUAAGUUCAGUUACUGUGGUUCAGUGAACUCAUUGUAUUUGGCUACAUUUUGCGACUAAUCAUUAUCACUGACAUACUGUGCUUAUUUAAAAAAAUAUAAUAUUCUCAAUAAUUAUAUGCAAUACUCAAUGCAGGAAAUUCCAUUAACAAGUAAUCGAGUAUAUGAAUAGAUAUUUUAAAACAAUAUAUAGGAAGACAUUAUUAUUGAUAGAUUGACAAUUUUGCUCUCAAUAAUAGAUAUACAGUUUUUCCCUAUAGAACAUAAAAUGGUCAGAUUGCAAACGUUUAUAGACUACUUAUACAGAGAAAGUUAAAAUAAAAAGGUGGCUGCACAUUAAUGUAGGUUGUGUUCUACAUUAACUGUUUCGUAAUUGCCGGAAUUUGUAAAGAAAACUUGGACAUUAAUUUCGAGAAUAUAGCCAGUUCGAGCAUAUGAUAUAAACUACCAGUCACGCAAUAAUGGGAUCUCGAUGGGGGUCUUUGAAUUCGAGUCAUUUAAAAGUUGCUUGUCAGGAAAUCAAGCUGCACUGCUGCAGAGGCUUAUAUAAAAAUGUUGUUCUUUUCCAGUUCUUAUAGUUAGGUUUUUUCCCCUUAAUGCCCCCUCCCGAGUUUGUCGGUUAACCGAGUCAAAUCCGAGCCCGAGUCAAAUGUCCGAGUCACUGUAUAGCAGUCUUUGUAGUUCAAUGACUUAGUAUACCCUAACCCUAUACACCUAACCCUAUUCGAUUGUGAAUUUUAUUCAACUUCGUCCUUUUUUACGUGACUCGGAAAUUUGACUCGGACAUUUGACUCGGACAUUUGACUCGGACAUUUGACUUGGUAAAUGGAUUUACUCCCACUCUCCCCAUCGAUGAAUCCUUAAACGAGGACCUGCCGACCAUCGGUAAACAUAUACGUAAUAAUAACGUUCAUUGAAGUCCUUGAAAUUUAUAUUGUACAUAUAAUUAUUGUAAGAUCAUAAAUUUGUACAGAUCAUAAAUUUAUAAUAUAAAAAUAGGAUGCUAAGUGACGAGGAGAAUGAUGAGUACCAAAAUGAUCGAACCAAGCUACUUUCAGAAAACCCUGAUGAACCAACACGAAAACUUCACUGUGAAAUGGGCAAAUUUAUAUAUCCACACUCAGAUAGUGAAGUGAACCAUGCUGAUAUUGAACUGUGGUACGCAAUUUUUAUAUUGAUGAAAAUUAAUUUGAAAAAUAAAAAUAGUAAGCAAAUAAGUCAUCAUGUAAAGAAGAAAGAAUUAAGUGAAUGAAUGGAAAGAAUAUAAAGAAUGAAAAAUAAAGAAUGAAAAAAGAAACAGGAUUAUAGGUAACAAAGUAGGAUAGCUGAGAGAAGGAACGAAAAUGAGUAAGACAAUAGGGAGGAAAUAGAUAUUAAGACAGGAAAGUCAAAACAAAGAGUCAAAGUUAAAUUUGCAGAAGGAAUAAAAAAAGAAUAUAAAUAAGUUUAAAGGAAUGAAAUAAGAUAAGUAUAAGGUAUGAUAAAAAACUAAACACGUUCCAAAUGAUCACAAUUUGCGCCGUUCAAGGGUGUAGAAAUGAAACACAGAAAGUUGAGAACGAAAGUAAUAAGGAAUUAGGAAAGUAAAAAUUAGAAUUGAAAAGCUGCAAAAGAGGGCAAAAAGAUACAACUAAAGAAGGAAGCACGAAUGUUAAAAUAACUUCCGAUCUGCAUGUUCAUCAUUUAGCGAAAAAAGACAACCCCUUGAUGUGAAUAGCGAGAUAAACAAGAAUGGAUCACUCAGUGCUAAAGUAUCAAAACCUAGCUUAUUUGCAGCAAUCCCAAAACGUUUUAUAAUUUUGCUCCUCGUCACGUUGGCCAACUUUAACAUGUACUGCAUACGUAUGUGUGUUAACGUGACCAUUGUGGCAAUGACUCAUGGCGAAGGAAAGCAGAACAAUAACACUGGGACUCAUUCAUCUGAAGAAAUGGUGAGUUUUACUAUUGUUCCAAACCAUUUAUGAGAACAAUCCUCAGUAAAUUAAUAGUAAUAUAUAUUUGUAAAUAAUGUUUAUUUUCCAUGUUCCACCAGGAACCAGAAUUUCACUGGGAUAAACAAUUUCAAGGUUUGAUAUGUUGUCAUUUUAAUUUUUGAAUAUAUAACUAAAAACAACUGGCUAGCUUUCCUGGAAAUUUCAGUAUUUGACUUUUUGUUAACAGUGAAAUAUAUUUUCAUCGUCUCUAGGUACAAUAUUGGCGUCAUUAUACUGGAGUUACACUGCACUGCAAAUACCAGCUGGACUACUAUGCGUCAAAUACGGUGCAUCCUUUCUACUUGGUAUUGCAAUAUUUGGCUCAUCAGUUCUUACGCUAGUUACACCGUUCAUCGUUCGACAAAAUGUGUAUGCAUUUAUAAUCUUGCGUAUCAUGGAAGGAGGCUUUUUGGUUAGUUUUUUGGUUAGGCUUUUUGAUUUUUUCCCUGUGCAUGUCACGACAAGCAAUACAUUGUAUUACGCAUAGUUGCAAUCGACUGUCAACCUGGCUUAUAGAUGUAAAUGUUUGGCACCUAAUCCAGGUCAAAAAAUGAACACCUAAACCAGGUCAAUAUAGGUCCAUUAUCAGUAAUGUAAGAAUAAAUAUAUUUUAAAUUUACAAUAAUUGUGUGUUUUGUCAAGGGUUUGGUUGCUGCUUCCGGAGUAUCAUUAAUAAGCAAAUGGGCUCCGGUUUACGAGAGAAGUAUUUUUCUGAUGGUAGUAGUUUCAGGUAUACAUGGUUAAAUAUUAACUAAUUAAGCCAUACGUCGCAGUGAUCGAUGUUUCCGUUUAUUUAGUACCUUUAGACCUCGUUUUACUUUACCUGCACUGAACACUAUCAUCCAUUUCUUCCGUUUCUUACCAGGCCUUCUAUGGGGAACGGUAUUUGCCAAUUCACUGAGCGGUGUUCUGGCUGGCAGUUCGUGGGGAUGGCCGUCUGUUUUUUAUUUCUUUGGUAUGUUUUUCAAACGUCCUUGUUGUGUCCUGAAAAAUACGAGAAAAUUUAAAAUGCUGAUGCAGCGAAAUUUCACAACACUCUUCUUUACUUCUUUGUAAUGGUCAAUGCAAUCAUCAAAAUGACAAGUCUCUCUGUGUCGUCCGACUAUAUUUGCGUAUAUAGGAUUACACACGGUGGGUCGCAUAAUCUCGACUUCAUUCAUUCGCAAACGUUUAACAUAACGAAAGACUGAAUAAAAUCCAAAAGAAACCAAUGAUUUUUUUUCGAUUACUAGCCAUUUAUUGCUUACGUGUAUAUAUCUGUUUAUUUCAUUCAGGUGUUCAGGGAAUCCUGUGGUAUUUAUGUUGGUUAUAUUUUGCUUAUGAAGAGCCAAGUGACCAUCCUAAUAUCAGUAAAGCUGAGCUAGACCUUAUAGGAAAACACUGGAAUACAAAAGUAUGUACUGUAUGUGUAAUUUUGUGUAUCAGGCAAACACUAAACACGAUUUAGAGUUUGUGAGUCCACUGAGACUGAGACUGAUUGAGAUAUAACUACCUGAAAAAUACAAGCUUAGACUAACACAGUUUAUAGAACUUCCAUAGUAGCGAACUGUGUUUCGAGAGAAGGUCUAUAUAAUAGUUUUGUUUGUGGAAACACCACGUAAAUUUAUUACUGCAAAGCUUUCUAUCCGUAAGCCCGGAUCUUCAUCAGUGCUAGUAAUACUAUGUGACUUGUUUAAUUCACACGCUCUUUUUAUAUCUUGAACGUUGACUGGUAAGCCGAUCAAGUCUCAUUAAUCGCUGAAUGUAUACACUUUAGCUCCAUGGAGGUCUGUAUAAAGAGGUGUAUAUUAAGACCUAUUCUUCCUUAUUUAUUCUUCCCUAUUAUAUAGAGGUCUAUAUAAUAGGGAAGUUAGUGACUUAAGCCCAGAGUAUAUAGCCAGCGAAAUUCAGUGAAUUAUAAUACAACUUUAUACCGUAUACUCUUCACUUCUAGCUAACGCUUCGUGAUAUUCCAUGGAGAUACAUUUUAACCUCGAUACGAGUCUGGGCGAUCAUUAUACCUAACUUUACAGACUGCUGGGGUUUCUAUACAUUUAUGUUGUCGUUCCCUACCUAUUUGAAAGACGUUCAGAACUUGCACAUUACUACAGUAAGUAUACCAAGUACAAAUUAUUGAAAAUGUCUUGGAUUUGGUUGUAAGUACCGGAAAUAUAUUAUGAAGAAAAGAAAACAUUGAGAUAAAAUUUCAUAUAAGUUUUGUGUUUUUAGAUUGGUUUUGCUAGCUCACUACCUUAUGUCGUGGCUGGUAUUAUGUGUCCUGCCUGGGGAUAUUUUAUAGAUGUUUUACGAAGCAAAAGAUAUAUUAGUACAACCAAUGCAAGAAAACUUUCGAGUUUUAUAGGUAAGUUUAUCGUGUUUUAGUAACAGUUAAGGUUUGAAGGUUUUGAAUUCCCACAAUAAAUUAUUAUGUUGGCGUUCUUGGCAUAGUGUGUAAUGUGUCAGUCUUUUUCUCUGCGAACGGGGUUUGAUUGCUAGUGCAAUAUUUGCAUAUAUGCAGGAAAUUUUAGAAUUGAUAGAGUUAUCUAGUGUAGAUAAAUGUUAGUUUGGCUUAGUUUAGUUCACUUAUUAUUUGUAUUUACUCUAAUUUCACGUUUACCCAGGUGCUGGAAUUGGUGCCAUUUUUGUAGUCGCAAUGGUGUACGCGUCAACAGCCACCUCCGCCAUCGUCAUUGUCACCAUAGCAAUAACCUUGUCGAAUUUAACAGCAUCUGGGCCGUCGACAAAUCUAAUUGAAUUGGCGCCAAAAUAUUCUGGUAUUUUAAUGGGUGUCGGAAACUUUGUUUGCAAUAUUACCGGAUUUAUUUCGCCCGAGGUUGUCGGAGCGAUUACUAUUCACGGGGUAGGUAGCACUUUCUCUCUGUCCAUUUACACGGUCCCAUUUUAUACUGGAAUUAGCUGGGAAACAUGGGAUUAAAACUGUUUACGACCCUCAUAAGUAUUGGAUGUAAAUUUUCUCCAUCUUGGCAUCACUUUUCUAGUUUUCUCAUAGCCUGCAUAUAGGCUGAAUGACUGAAGUUCUUGCUCCAGAUACAUAUAUAGACCUCAUUGUCUCUACCCUAUCAAUACUUUUUCGAUCAAUUUAAGAGGCAAUUUUUUUUCAAUGUCACGUAUUUGCAAUGAAAAGUGUUCAAAACCUAAAAUCUUUUUGGCGUUCCUCUCAAAAUUACUUUGUUUUAGCUUUAUUCUCUAGUUUAUAGAGUUAGCAACCUUUUUUAAAUGCGUCUGCCGGUUGAGAAACAUAAACUAAUAGUUAAAAAUUUUCAAUUAAAAAACAAUUAUCAAUGAUGCUUUAAAAUUGACGCCAUAUUUAUAGCCAUAUAAGCAAAACUUACUGAACUUCAGACAUCAUUUUCUCUUUGGCGUAUCAUUUAAAAUUUCUUCAUUUUAGCAUUAUUUUACAGAUAAAGCACUAAACAUACCUUUUAACUUUGUUUGCCGAUUGAGAAACGUAUCGAAAAAUAAAAAUUUUGAAUUUAGUCAUAACCUCAAGUGAUAUAUUAUACGCAUUAGUUUUGAGCGCGUGUUACGUAACAUACAAAAAAAUCUCAUCUUAAUACUCUUCAUUCUUUUUUUAUUCUCUUAUCAUUCCCACCGAUUCUUAUUGUUCAUGACCCAUCUUCUCUUAUCUACCAGCCUGUACAAUGGAUGUUCUUCUUCCUGUCCAUUAUCCUGGAAACAAACUUCCAUCGCCAUUGAGUUGUCUUUCCAAUCUAGCUGUCUGUUCAUUUAUUCUCAAUUUAUUCUGUAUUCAUCUUUGUUUUAUCUCCUUAUUGACAACCUAGCUAAAGGCAUUCAACAGUAUUCCAAUACUCCACACAUGUUUUCUUAAACAUUCAUCUACCUUCAUCAUGAAUACUUUUCCAACUGCUACUAUAAAUCAAAUUUUCUUGCACAUUUUCAGGAUGAUAUCCGACAUCAGUGGGCCAUUGUAUUUUAUAUAACUGCUGGUGUAAACGUACUUGGUAUGAUCUUUUAUCUUUGCUUUGCAUCUUCAGAAAAACAAGCCUGGGCUGACCAUUGAUAUAUUACAGAAGAAGCUACAUUUCCAACUAAAUCUACUGGCCGGAACUUGCAUGCUGAUGAUAGAUAUACAUGUAAUGUAACGCAAUUUGUAUAGGUAAUUCCGGUGCAAGUGCAAAAAAUGAAAAACAGCAUGGCAAGCAUGCAUCAUUGGAAAACAGCAUGCACUUUCUAAAAAGACGUCUAUGAACACGUCCAAAAAAAGAGUAUUGAUUUUCUUUUCAAACUGCAAGAUAUUUGGGUAUUAUAUCUAUAUGCCAUGCUUAUAUUGAUUAUACAUGUUGGUAGCUUUUUCCUACAUUAGCUAAUACGUUUUUCCUAUGCAUUGGUAGACAGAUGAACACAGAAGGCCAUUUAAGUAGAACUUUAUACAAAAUAAACACAGAGAUUUGGACAGAGAAGUGUAAUAGAGUAGAGUUUGUGAGGCAGAAAUGCCAGAAAGGCAGAAAAAGAAAAACAUUUAAUAUUUCAGGAAUGGCAUGCAAACCUACAUAAUGGCAAACAUUGCUGAGAUCUGACAGCAAGCUGUACCCAAUAAAACACAAUUAAUACAAAGGAUAUUAAAUAAUAAUAAUAAUAUUUUUUUCUAAAUUUUAAGGGGGGAUAUAUAUUAAUAUAUAUUCAUUGUAUUGAAUUUAAAUAUUUGUGCUGUAUAUCAGAAGAAUAGUUUAUUCAUUUGUAUGGAUGGAUGGCUUACAAAUAUAUGCAUGCAUGCAUGCAAUAUUGUACAUUAUAAACUUGAUUUGGUACAAUUAAAGCUCAUUUAAAUUAUCCCUAUACAUUGGAGCCUAAUCCAGCUUGUAUCAAUACAAUAUAUUUCUAUACUAUGGCAAAUAUUUAAUACUUACUGACUGCAACUGAGGAAAAUAAACAGUAUAUUUCGUCAACCUAUGACUUUCCUAAAAGUACCACUCAAUAAGUAUUCUAUAUAUAUGGUGGUGAUAGUGUAAAAAAAUUUAAAAAUAAACAAGGAAACUCCAUAAAUUUUGUUCCAUAACUGAAUGCAUGAUUUUAUUCACUGGUGAAUAAAUCCAUUGUUCAGCUAUGUUGCCAACUUGGACUGUCUCCUCCCAGAGGUUAUUAAUUGUUCUUCAGACAUCUUUGGACAGCUCUUGUUUUCCCUUCACCUGUGGCCACAUUAUUUUAUCCAACACCAUAGAUCCCAACUAACUGUGAGAGCUGUCCAAAGAACAAUUAAUAACCCCUGCAGAAAAGAGAGGAGUAAGGCCAUAUGUAGGAUUUUUCCAUCUACCUGUACAUCCAAACAAAUGCAUUCAACGCCACAUAUUAUCAGUUAGCUGCAUGUAUAUAUGGUAGCCCCAUGCACCGCUGAGCCUGUUUUCAAAAGUGGGGCUGGGGCCAGCUAGAUAGCACGUGAGCUAUGCCACACAGGCAGGCUAUUUUAUCCGGGAAGUCUUUAUCCACCGAAAAAGUGGGGGCCAUGCCCCCCUGUUCCACGGUCCCCGUACAUUCAGAUUCAGAAGAUUAUAAUUGCCAUUAAUGGCUUAAUAAUUAAUAAUAAAUUUACAAAUAUCACCAGUUGCCUCUGCUGUCACAUCCUCCCCACCACUACCUCCACGUAUGGCCUGGCCAGGAGAAAGUCAAUCAUGCAAGAAUACAUGAAUAUAAUAAAUAUAGUUGUUACCAUUUUGUUUAAAAUUCAUAUUUGCUGGA